AUGCCCGCGCCCAUCGACCACGAUCAGCCGCUGAACGGAACGAUGGCCGCCUACGCGCAACAGCUUCUCAUCUGCACCGGCCAAAAAGACUGGACAAGUCGCAUAGAGGAGGAUGGACAAGGUCAAAGCUGGGGAGAUCUGGUCCGGGGGUUGAAAGGCCUACUGGGCCGCGGGGGGGAAUACGCUGAUCCUUUCAACAACAUCCUCAUCACCAACUCCUCGUUCACGCCCUCCGCCUCCUCAUCCACUACAUCGCAAACUGCCUCCGCCUUCCUCUUCCCCAGCUUCAAAUACUUCCCCUCCGUCCCCGUCCCUCCCUCGUCAUCCGCACCCGCGCCCGCAAACAGCACCACCACCGACCUCUCCACCUUCGUCCGCGCAUUCCUCCUCCCGCGCGAAUCCCGCCACGGUGGAAAAACCCGCGAACAAGACCUAGCCACCCAGUUCCCCGACGCCAUCGAUCUGCAGCAUUCGCCCGUCGUGUUGAUCUGCGGGCACGGCGGCCGCGACAUGCGCUGCGGCGUGAUGGCCCCGGUUCUAGAGCAGGAGUUUACGCGAGUCCUCCAGUCGAAAGGAUAUACGAGCGACAGCACCAACCCUAGUGCCAUCGACAGCCCCGACCGCGCCCACGUCGGACUGAUCAGCCAUGUCGGGGGCCACAAAUACGCAGGGAAUGUCAUUGUGUAUAUUCCCCCGGGCAUGAAGGUCGAGGGCGGGGACCCGCAUCCCCUCGCGGGCAAGGGCAUCUGGUAUGGUCGGAUAGAGCCCCGACAUGUGCAGGGUGUCGUGGAAGAGACGAUUUUGGGAGGAAGGGUCAUCGCGGAUCAUUUCCGGGGUGGGAUUGAUUCGGAGAGUGGGAUUUUGCGGCUGUAG